GAGGAGCGCUGCGGGGAAGGGAGGAGGCCUUGGGCCGGCCCUGGAGAACGGCCCUGGUGUUGGGGCCUCUGCUCUGCCAAGCUGUUGGGCUGAGCCCUGCCUGGGAGUGGGGUGGCAGAGGAACGGCUGGCUUUAGGCUCAGGAGCCUGUGCUCGAGAUGUGUAUGGACCCAAGACAGCCCUGGGGAAAGGCUCUGCUUAAAGCCCCCUUGUGUGUCUGUCUACCUUCUAGCUGCCUAAGGAGCAGUGAGUGAGAAUCCCAAAUCAAGAUGUACCAUACCCUUUUCCCUUCAGUCCCCCCCAGGUAAGGUGGAAGGUGCAGUGAUGGCUGCCAUUGAUGCUGGGUACCGCCACUUUGACUGUGCCUACGUGUACCAGAAUGAGAAGGAAAUUGGAGAAGGGAUUCAGCAGAAAAUCAAGGAAGGCGUUGUGAAACGAGAGGAGCUCUUCAUCGUCAGUAAACUAUGGUGCACCUUUCAUGAAAAACCUCUGGUGAAGGGAGCGUGCCAGAAGACUCUUGCUGACCUGAAACUGGAUUACCUGGAUCUCUACCUCAUGCACUGGCCUUUUGGUUUGAAGGCAGGGGAGGAGCUGUUUCCCACAGAUGACAAAGGCAUGUCUAUACCCAGCAACACAGAUAUUCUGCGUACAUGGGAGGCCAUGGAAGAGCUGGUGGAUGCUGGUCUGGUAAAAGCAAUUGGUAUCUCCAACUUUAACCGUGAGCAGACUGAAAGAAUCUUGAAGAAGCCAGGACUGAAGCACAAGCCUGCAAAUAACCAGAUUGAGUGUCAUCCAUACCUCACUCAGGAGAAGCUGAUCAACUACUGCCAAUCCAAAGGGAUCACUGUGACAGCAUACUGUCCCCUUGGACGCCCUGACAGGUCUAAGCCAGAGGAUCCUUCCCUUCUGGACGACCCCAAGAUCAAAGAGAUUGCAGCCAAGCACAACAAAACACCAGCACAGGUUCUCCUUCGCUUCCAGAUCCAGAGAAAUGUGAUUGCGAUUCCCAAGUCUGUCACACCACAGCGCAUUGUGGAGAACUUCAAGGUGUUUGACUUUGAAUUGACUAAAGAGGAGAUGGCAACCCUUCUCAGCUUAAACAGAAACUGGAGAAUCUGUGCAAUGGUCAUGUGCAAAAAUCACAAGGAGUACCCUUUCAAUGCAGAAUACUGGGCUAAGCCAGAGGAUCCUUCCCUUCUGGAUAACCCCAAGAUCAAAGAGAUUGCAGCCAAGCACAACAAAACAUCAGCACAGAUCCAGAGAAAUGUGACUGCGAUUCCCAAGCCUGUCAAACCACAGCACAUUGUGGAGAACAUCAAGUCUCCACCAGGGAAAGUAACAGCCGCAGUGAUGGCUGCUAUUGAUGCUGGGUACCGUCACUUUGAUUGUGCAUAUGUGUACCAAAAUGAAAAUGAAGUUGGGGAUGGCAUCCAGCAAAAAAUCAAGGAAGGUGUUGUGAAACGAGAGGAUCUCUUCAUUGUCAGUAAGCUAUGGUGUACGUUUCAUGACAAGCAUCUGGUGAAGGGAGGCUGCCAGAAGACUCUUGCUGCCCUGAAACUGGAUUACCUGGAUCUCUACCUCAUCCACUGGCCUCUUGGGUUUAAGGCAGGGGAGGAGCUGUUUCCCACAGAUGAGAAAGGCGUGUCAAUACCCAGCAACACAGAUAUUCUACAUACAUGGGAGGCCAUGGAAGAGCUGGUGGAUGCUGGUCUGGUAAAAGCCAUUGGUAUCUCCAACUUUAACCAUGAGCAGAUUGAAAGAAUCUUGAACAAGCCAGGACUGAAAUACAAGCCUGCAAAUAACCAGAUUGAAUGUCAUCCAUACCUUACCCAGGAGAAGCUCAUCAAGUACUGUCAAUCCAAAGGGAUCGCUGUGACAGCAUACAGUCCACUUGGCUCUCCUGACAGACCAUGGGCUAAGCCAGAGGAUCCCUCCCUUCUGGAUGACCCCAAGAUCAAAGAGAUUGCAGCCAAGCACAACAAAACACCAGCACAGGUUCUCAUUCGCUUCCACAUCCAGAGAAAUGUGGUUGUGAUUCCCAAGUCUGUCACACCACAGCGCAUUGUGGAGAACUUCAAGGUGUUUGACUUCGAAUUGACAAAAGAGGAGAUGGCAACUAUUCUCAGCUUUAAUAGAAACUGGAGAGUCUGUGCAAUGCUCACGUACAAAACUUACAAGGAGUACCCUUUCAAUGCAGAAUACUGAAGAUGGUUUCCUGCCUUUCUCCAGACUUCUCAGAUAUGCUUCUGCUGUUGCCUAUGAGUUACCUGCAUAGCUUUCUCACUGGAUCAGACCCCCUUUUUUGUUUUUUCUUUUUUCCCCCACAAAGAUGCAGUAUAUGUACUCUGUGACUUCCUGUUGUUUUCUUUUUUGGAAGAAGAAAAUGCUAAAAUGGUUCUGAAGAGCGCACUGUGUGGACUAGUAGAUUGUCUUUGCCAAACUGCAUGUCUGGAACUGGUAAGCAGAAAAGAUCGAGAAAAUUCGAACUAGCAGUUGCUUUUAUUUUGGAAUACUGUGAAUUGGAGCUAGUGACUAUUGUUGUCUGGAAGGACCAGGAUAUGGCAGAUUUUACAUAAUUAAUGUGAGGUCUGCUUUUUUCUGAUUACUUUUGGGUUUGGUUUUGUUUCUUUUUGUAACACUCCAUGCUUUUUUCUCUAAUUAGAAGUAAAAGUUGAUUUCUAAGUACAGCAGUCUCUACAUGGGUAGCUCUUUGAAAAGUGUAUAGGU